AGAAGCUGAGAAGCUGAGAACGGGCUCGCGCCUGGAGCUGGGAGCUGUUCCAGGAAAACAUGGUGCUGAAACCUGCACCGACCUAAACACCGCGCGUGUUAAACGAUCUACAUAAAUCCGUCCGGUGAAUUGUGUGUAUCACCGGUUCCAGGGCGAAGUAAGGGGGAAGGCGCUGACCACAACGCACACAUUUCUGGACGCAUCUACAGAUACACGACGACGACAGGGAGGAACGGAAGGUAACGGUGGUUUUCCCCUCCACCAAACCCCCACCCCCCACAACAAAAAUCCUCCAUCUUACUUUGAAGAUGGUAGAUACCUCACGCGCUAGAGCGCUGGUCUUGACUGAUUGAUAUCUGAUAUGCUUUGGACUGCGCGAGCCUGCUCUCUCCAGCGCUCGCGAGUCCCUGCACGAACGGACAAGCGUUUGAGGGAAGACCUUUACGGAUAUCAGGACCUACGCUUAUCAUGGCACGACAGAGGCAAACAAUUGUACAAUGGGUGUGGAGGAUCAGAUCACCAGCCUGGGAUUCCUAUUCUGUUACCUGCGUGGCACCGAACUGGACCGUUGCCUGGGUCAGCUCGUGCACUUUAAGCCUGACCAAGAAUCUGAUCUCUUUUUGUGUGGCUAAUUAGAAUUUUGCUGGGUUUUUUCUGAAGGACACUAUACGGAAGAGCACAACAGCUCGCUGGAAUACAGCCAACCCAUAUUGUAGGUUUUUAUUAAAGUUACAAAUGUCAACGUGCCACACAGGAGUCUUUAUGAGAGCUCGCAUCCUGUGUCAGUGUAUAAUUAGCUGGGUAGGGAGUCGAAUCACAAAGAGUCGAUUCUCCGAGUGCAUUCUUUGGAGUAGAUUUCAUACGGUUCGAAAGGAACAAUGGGAUAGCAAUUUAAAAACAAUCCACUCGAAUGAGCUAAGGGCUGUAAAUUAGGUUCCGAAUCAAAGUGUCGUUUACUCAUCAUGACUGUUCAAAUGAGGGCAGUAAAGUCAGUAAAUUUCAAGAAAUCUUGUAGUUCAAAUGUUUUUUAAAAUAAGCAUUAUUAAUUAAUAGUGCAUUUUAAACAGACAUGUUCUCAUGUCCCAUGUUUUAGAUUAGAAAAUUGAGCAACAUUGCUGUAUUGUGAGGAAUCAAUACCUGGAAUCGACUCCAUUGAUUACCAAAACCCUAGGCUGAGAAUUAGAGUCGACUCUAAAAUGCCCGGAAUCGAAUAUCCCAGGACUAGGCGACACGACAGUGGACCGUUAUGUCUGUAGAUUGUGUAGCGCGGUUUGAGCAGAAACAUUCUCAUGACAAACCUUUAUAUAUUUGUUAGCUUUAGCCGUCGGGGUGCGAACAGUGAUUGUGGUUAACCGAUUUGCGGCUAAUAAUUUGACUAGAAGAGAUAGUUUGCUACGCUAAGCGGUAAGGUGUUUUCCCUCUGCACCUCGUACAUCGUUAAGUGAGAAAAAACGGGCACAUGUGGUGCGCUGUCGGUGUCGGUGUUGGAUGGUGCCGGAGUUCGCUGAGCCGUUUACCGAUGCUGCGGCGCGAGGGAAAGCAGAGAGGCCGCCGCUGUCGCGUCUUGUUCAGUGACCUGAAGGCUUUGUUGCUCAGGCCACCACCGCCACCGGCACCGUCGGCCAUGAACGGAGCGCCAAACGCUCACGGUGCUUCUCCGACGGAGCGGACGCGGGACGAGGAUUCCCAUGACGCCGCCACCGCAGCCGAGUGGGCUGGAGAAGCGCAGCGGAGUGGCACAGAGAGUCCGGACGCCGGCAGCUCGAGCGAGGACUGCACCAAAGAGAAGUUCGACGAGAGAGCAAGUCUGGAGAGCUGCACGGAGAGCGGAGCGCGGACGCCGCUGUGCCGGAUCUGUUUUCAGGGCGCAGAUCAGGGUGAGCUGUUGAGUCCGUGUCGCUGUAGUGGCUCGGUGCGCUGCACACAUGAGCCGUGCCUGAUAAAGUGGAUCAGCGAGAGAGGCUCGUGGAGCUGUGAGCUGUGCUACUACAAGUACCAAGUCAUCGCCAUCAGCACCAAGAACCCGCUACAGUGGCAGGCGAUCUCUCUGACAGUUAUCGAGAAGGUGCAGAUUGCAGCGGCGGUGCUCGGUUCGCUCUUCCUCAUCGCCAGCAUCUCGUGGCUCGUGUGGUCUUCACUCAGUCCCUCGGCUAAGUGGCAGCGCCAGGACCUGCUCUUCCAGAUCUGCUACGCCAUGUAUGGCUUCAUGGACCUGGUGUGCAUCGCUCUGAUCGUGCACGAGGGACCGUCUGUGUUUCGCAUCUUCCACCGCUGGCAGGCUGUGAAUCAGCAAUGGAAGGUGCUCAAUUACGACAAGGUGAAGGACUCAGAGGACCCUCAGAAGGGCAGCAGCACCCUCCGCUCCCUCACACUGCCCCUGAGUAUUCGGGGAGGGGUGGCCCCACCCACUUCGCCUUCUCCCUCUAGCUCUGCCCUCACUUCAGCUGCCACGGUCACCAUCACCCCCGGCACGACCGUGCCAGCGGUCACCGAUGCUCCAGAGGACUCCUCUGAGGCGGAGCGUCACUGUGCAUACAGCCUGCUGCAGCUCCUCAGCCUCAACCUCCGAAACCAGGAGCCCAGAAAUGCCAUGACGCAGCCCAGAAAUGACAACCGUGAGCUGGUCAUGAGAGUCACCACCGUCUGAGACUGUGAGUGAAGACAACCUGGAGAUAUACGACAGCUUGCGAAGGGAAGAGUGAGAGUUGGAUCCAGAGGAAAGAGACGUUUGCUAGCAAAUGUGCUCAAGGUCCUUCUGGUACACUUUAGCAUUCAUGAAAGUAAUACAUUUUUGAGAGUAAAACAGAAAGGUUUGUUUAAAUAUUUUAGGAGGUGUCUAGUACACCUUCAAGGCCUUGUGAUGCGGUCUGUUCCGGUGUUACAACAGCGCUAAAGGUCAAGUUCAGAGUGAAGUGUUUUUUCUUUGUCUUUUUUAAACAAGAGGCUCAUUAGGGCUGAUGUUAAUACAUGGCCACACAAAGUGGUGUUUUUUCAAGCACAAGCUCCAACAAUGCAAUGCAGUGAUAAUAUGUAACACACACUAAAAACAUUCACAAGGUCAAAGUUGUCUGCUAUGAGACAUCACUAGGUAAAAUAUAUAUAUAUAUACACACACACACGCACACACACCUAAAUGAAAUAUUGUGGGCAAAAAGAGGUCCAAUUUUUCUUUAAUCCUAAACGUGUGUUUUAUAUCCAGUUUUCUUUGCACUACAAGAUUAAUGUAGCUAACGGGUACAGAAGGUCUAUUUCAAUGAUAAUACAGUUGUACUCUAACACUAUGCUGGCUCAUACAGCCUUUACAGGAGAAUACAUAGAUGUGUGCUUGAAUUUACAGAAAGGUUUAUGAGUAAGGUGGACUGAUUAUUUGUUAACUAUAUUAGUCUUGUAGUUCCUGUAUAAAAGUCAUUUUGAAGCAACAGAGUCAGUCGCAGAUCAGUGACUCUAUUAAGGGUGAGUGGAAAAUAGCCAAAAAAAGUUUUUCUGCCCAACUACAUUUUUAAGUUUACAUGUAAAACAAACUGGCUGCAUGAAGAACGGUCAGUAACGCUGUUAAUGGACUCUUUAUUCAACGAGAGACCGGUUUCCAUGGAGACGACCUGCAGCCACAUUGAACUAACAUGGCCUGAGUCUCCUGUUUGGACUCAUUUUGUUUACAUUUGUUAAAAUGUCAGAAAAGAAAAUACAUUGCUACAUUAAAAAAUGAAGAAUGAGUGCAAUAUAAAAAGAUGGAUUUGUCAUUUCUCUCGGGAGGGAGGGAGAUGGAGAGAGAGAGCAGGACGGAGGAAGGAAGGAAAUGAUUGACGAAGAGUGGGAAAAGCGAUGACAUCAUCGUUUCUGCCGUAGAUCAAUCUGGUGCACACGCUCUCAUGCACUCUCACUGAUUGGCCAUCCAGGACACACAUUCACGCAGGACGAUGCGUCUGUCUCCGACUCAGUGACACGC